CUGGCGGGGCGGCGGGUGCCGCGGGAGGCUGCUCGGUGCCGCCGCCGCCCGGGAGGGAGGUUAUGUAAGGGGGAAGGGAGGCGGCGGGAGGAGGAGCAGGACGCCUCGCCGUGCCGCCGGGCAGCCGCAGCCAGCCGGGGCCGGGAGCCGGGCGGCCGCAUGUGCGAAGUGGGAACACGGCCGCCGUUGGCCGCCGAGCGCGGGGAGCCGCCCGGGGGGGCCGCCGCCUCCGAGAGGUGCCGAGACAUGGGAGAACAGCCCAUCUUCACCACCAGAGCCCAUGUCUUCCAAAUUGACCCCAGCACGAAGAAGAACUGGGUCCCCGCAAGCAAGCAGGCUGUAACUGUUUCCUACUUCUAUGACAGCACGAGAAACAGCUAUCGGAUUAUCAGUGUGGAUGGAGCCAAGGUGAUCAUAAACAGCACAAUCACCCCCAACAUGACCUUCACUAAAACCUCGCAGAAGUUUGGCCAGUGGGCGGACAGCAGAGCCAACACUGUGUUUGGGUUGGGCUUUCCCUCCGAGCAGCAGCUGUCCAAGUUUGCAGAGAAAUUCCAAGAAGUGAAAGAGGCUGCCAAGCUAGCAAGAGACAGAUCUCAAGAGAAAAUUGAGACCUCAAGCAAUCAUUCACAGGAAUCUGGGCGUGAAACACCAUCUUCCACCCGAGCAUCUAGUGUGAACGGGACAGAUGAUGAGAAGGCAUCCCAUGGUGGUCCUGCUGAGGCACAGCUCAAGUCUGAGAAUGAUAAACUAAAAAUUGCUCUAGCCCAAAGUUCCUCCAAUGUAAAGAAGUGGGAGACGGAGCUGCAGACGCUGAGGGAGAGCAAUGCCCGUCUCACCACGGCACUGCAGGAGUCGGCUGCCAGCAUAGAGCACUGGAAGAAGCAGUUCUCAGCCUGCAAGGAGGAGAACGACCAGCUCAGAAGCAAGAUUGAAGAACUGGAGGAGCAGUGCAAUGAAAUAAAUAAAGAGAAGGAAAGAAAUGCACAGCUGAGCAGACGUCUCCAGGAGCUGGAAACAGAGCUUCAAGACAAAGAGCUGGAACUGGAAGAGCUCCGAAAGCAGGGUGAAAUUAUACCACAGCUAAUGUCAGAAUGUGAAUCUGUAUCUCAACAAUUACAGGAUGCUGAGAAUAAGAACAAAGAUCUUGAAGAGAAAGUCAGAACGCUAAGGACAGAAGUUGAAGAGAGCAAACACAGGCAGACCAACCUUAAAACUGAAUUAAAGAAUUUUUUAGAUGUACUAGAUGGGAAGAUAGAUGAAUUACAUGAUUUCCGACAAGGACUGUCUAAACUUGGGGUUGACAACUAGAUGGCAAUAGAUUUUUGUAAUCUAGGGUCUGGAUGUUUGAUGUUUUGUUGAUCCCAAUCAUGUGUUUUACAAAAUAUAACUAGAAUGUUCCACCUGUUUGCAUUGUUUUUGUACAUAGAGGCUGAAAAUUUGCUGUGGGUUAUUUUGGGUUUUUUGUUUGUUUUCCAAACCAAUCGUGCUGCUCACUGAAUUCUGUUGAGGUUAGAAACUUUCUACACCGCUGCUCUGGCUUUGUGGGGUUGGGAACAGGUAGAGGGUUCUGUCUCAGGAAUCUGGAACUAGAUCUACCUUAAAAUGAAUAUGCAGUUAGUUGUUGCAGGGAAAUUUAUAUCUUUUUUAAGGGCUGUUGCAACCAUAGAAACAGAAAACAAGUCUUUCUUUUCCGGACCAUCAGCACUCCUAGCAACGUAUCCUUUUAUUCCUUGGCCAAGCAGAGAGAUUAGAUGGAGCUCCUGCAGUCUGUAAAUCAGCAUGGUAAAAUGUGCCUGUGAUGAGCUGCAGUCAAGCGAAUCACUUGACACGCAUGCCAGUAUCUUUAGGGACCACGUCGAUCAGACCUGAUUCAGAGAGUAAAAUCCAGAGGAUUUCGUAUAACCUCCAAUUCAGGCUGCAUGUGCUUGCUUGCGUCCAUGCAGCACCAAGUAGAAAUGAAUUCCAGCUCUUACACUUUAAGUCACAUUACCCAUAGGUGAGGACAGCUCCUCUUGCUUAGCGAGACCAUCUCUCUUUGAUCCAUCGUCUCAGUUUUGAACCCUUUUUGUUCAGUCACUGUGUGUGCCUCUAAAAAAUGCACACCUGAGUCUCGGGACCAGAUAUUUAUUUUAGGAGGAGACAUAAUGCUGCUUUGUACGCAGGGCACAUGCCACUCUGUGCACCUCAAUCACUGCUGCUCAGCUGCCACAGCAUGGGCUCAGGAGAUGUGAUCAGAAAAGCAUCAGGAGGUCAUAGGAAGCAGCUUCCUGCCCAGGAGACUUGCAGGUAACGACUACGUGAAACCAAAACCCCUUUCUUUCCUAUGAUUUCUGUGUUCCCUCCUCAAGGGACCGGCGGGUGGGAGUUAGUCACCAAGUUAGAUUGACCAAAAAAAAAAACAAAGCCCCAACCUCAAAGGCAGAAAGUGUAGUCUUUGUUUAUUCAGCAGCUCUAAAUACGUUUUGAGAAAUGCAGACUCAUACACCGGACUGCAGCAAGGACAUCGCUGCAUCGCCCACUGAUGUGAGAAGGACCGGAGCCCAAGUUUUGCUUUUAUCCCUAGGAAUGCCAUUAGCUUCUUUCGUUUCUUUCUCUGUUCCCUGGUUUGAGAUUCUGUUUACACUGCAUCCGAAUUCAUUCAGGAAAGAACUUGUGUUUAUACGAUAUUGUAUUUGUUUCUAUCAGGUGAAAGCUUGGUGAAGCACCAAGGUGAGUGCAUUCCAGAAGUGACUGAUUCAAUGGCCACGCCGUGAUGUUUACAUGUUAUUUCCUAGGGACUUUUUCUUUCUUGGCACAUUUCUAUUAUAAAAGUGACCUUUAAAAGAUGUGGGUUAUAGAUGAAACGCGUUGAAUUAUUUUUGCACAUGGCUCUAUAAUCCACAUACUGGAGAUGUUUUUUUUCUGCCAUUGUCCCAUGAAUUUUCAUUUCAUCCAUUGCAUUACCAUCAUUGCUUAUUGUUUAAACUGAACUUUUUGUACUCUUGCUUUUAAUCCUUUUAAAUGACACAUUUGAAGCUGGGACCUUUUAUAACCACUAUGACCAUUUAAGUCUUUAAAAAAAAUGCUGUAGGCUGUUGAAAUUUAAAAAUAAAAAUAAAAAUCAGGUACAUAGCAUGUAGGCGUGUGAAAAUUAGACUUUGCCAGCCUGGAAUAUUCAACAGUUGCAUAAUGUGGGGUUAGAACAGACUUCUCAAAAUUGAGAGUGACGUCAGAAACUGUGUGUGGUGGUGAGCAAGCAGUCUCCAUUUUUAGUCUUUUAAUUUGAUAGCAAGUCCGCGAUCAUGGAACAGGCAGCUCGUCCUGCUUCUCCUCUCCCCCCAUGCUGCUGCAGAGCUCCCUUGUGUGGAGGAGCAAUACGGGCAGUUGGGGCUCCUGGUUGCAGCGCUCAUCAUGUCUGCACUAAGGACCCUGCUCCAUCCCUUGCUUCCUUUUGUCUGUUGGGUGAUCUUAGGGCUUCUUGUUCUGGUUUUAAUAUAAAAUAUGGUCAAAGGAGUGCAAAAGACUCUGCAAAGAAAUGAUUCUAUUGAGAUUAAUCCAGACUUUUUCCAGCUUUAGUCAGAUAUGCCGCAGAUCCAGAGCUUGAUUUUGUUCGUUAUUACAGCUCAGGGCCAUGCAAUCCCACUUGGCUGAUGAUGAGGAAUGUCAGAUCUAUAUCCAUUGUACGUGAGGCUGUAUCUCACCUUGAGCACCCGUGAUCUCACUCUCAACACACAGGUUUCUCCCUCAGAGUGGUUCAUGGCAGGAUGUCUCCUACCUCAGCUGUGUGGUUGCAUGUUUGCAAAGGCCUUCUGCCCAGCUCCGAGUGCCACCGCUGCCCCUCAGCUAUGCCCUACCCCGGUGGCACCUGCUGCAGGCUGGGGCUCUGGGAACAGAAAUCUGUGUGGGCACUCUUUAGCAAGAGUGUCUGUCUGUCUUCCGUGUUCUCCAGAGAGAUACUCCUCUGAUGCGGUGUUAGAGCUGCUUGGUAGUGUUGGUUUUCCUCUUGGUGGAGUGGCCAAAGUAAGCUGAACAGGUCCAGUAGAAAUGGUCAGUGACAGAAAAAUGCCUUGAGGUAAUUGUUGUCAAGGGUAAUGAAAUGUUUCACCUGGCAUGUUAGUUAGCAUAUUGGAUGAUGACCUUAUCCUAAUCAUUAGAAUGAAUUAGUUCAAAAUGAGAAACUUAAAACUUUGUUUCACAAACCAAAAUAAAACAGUUUAACCUUUUGCUUUUUUUCCUAUUUGGCUGAACUGAUUUGCUGAUUUCUGACUCAAAUUCUUAAGCGGUGGUAUUUGCCCAAAAAGUGCGUUUUCAGCAGAAUUAGCAUUUGCCAGUGUUUCCCUGUCCAUGGCUAAUUGACAUUCCAUUUACAAAGUGAAAUAAGUGCAAGAGAAACUUUUUUUUUGCAAGGAAUUCAGUUCCACCUCGCACUUUUUAUACCCAAUGUUCAAAAUACUCUCUUCUUUAUAAAUGGUUUUACACUCAGUGUGCCUGGGCCGUGCUACUCAGGCAAUGCCUUUUUUUUUUUUUACAGUCAAACAUCUGAUUUUACCUUUAUGUGAGCAAUGUAGGGUGAACCGUUUUUAAAGCAGAUCAAUGAACUGAAGAGAGUGGGAGGGCUUCUGCCACCCAUGACAUCCUGUCAUCACUUUCAGAGCACUGUGUCCCCUUCCCAGCCAGGCACAAAGUGUCCCUGUGCUAUGGCACUCUUCUGUUGCCCCGUUUCAUUUUUUCCUGACGUUCACUUUCUCUCCAUGGCUGCCUUGUUCAUUUCUGGUCACCUUUUGCUGCUUCCCAGCCCCCAGAGGACAGUCUCCUCACUGCCACAGCCCAGUGCGUGUUGUUAGGCUCUUCCAAACGAAACCCUUUAGAGCCUCGGUGGCUUCUCACAAGUAUAGCAUUGUCUUCCUGAGCCUGUGGAUUAAGAAAAUAACACCGCUGUCAGGGUGAAGGGCUGCAGGUCUCAGCGUAUUCUAGAAGGUGAAUCCAAAGGGAAGAAGUUUAAACAGGAUUUGGGGAGCCAUGUGUGAUUUUGGUGAUGGUUGUGGUGGAAGUUUCAGUGCAGGAUGUGCUCUGUGCUCAGCCACACACUGAUGGAGCACUGAAGGUCUGAGAUGGCCACUGCUGGCCCCUCCACCUUAGCACAGGCAGUUUUUGGCUCCUGAAGCCUGCUGGUACCCAAAAGUCUUCAGCAUAUCAAAGAUGGGGGAAGGGGUGAGAGGUGAAUAUCCAUGCACAGCUGAGCGGCACGAGAGCUUAGCAGCCUGAACAGCUUGUGUCAGAACCUGGGGGAGAGAUGGGAUACUGGUUGGGUGGCUGCAAGGCACAGAGCUGCUCUAGGGUCGCUCCUUUCUCUGUGAAUUCACUCACCUUUGUGUUAAGCCCAGCAAUACGUAGACACAAGGCGCUUAACCCAGAAGCAGCUCUAAGCAGCAGUCCCACAAAGGUGGCUGGGGCACGCACAGGCCUGAGAGUGUGGCAGUGUUCUGGCUGACAUCUAGGAGAUAAAUUGACCAUUACGUGAAGUUUGCAUGUCUUAAGUAUUGGUCUCUGUGCUAAACAACACAAAACCUGAAGUGAAACCCACGUUCAGGAGAUUACCAACAGAGUGAUGGCCGCACUUCCCGCGGGGUUCCACAGGCAGCGGGCAGAGCGGGGCCUACCUUUGGGGGGGCCUGGCGUCUCUCACAGUCUGACUUUCUGCUGUGCUCUGUGUUAGCGCUUCUCUUUUUUAUUUUACAAGACAGUCCAAAUACACAGUCUUCAAAUGAAGGUGCCUAUACCUCCAAUUUUUUUUUUAUUAUUAUGUGUAUUUUGAAAUAGAUUGCUCUUUCCUUUCUGGUAAUUCAGUUACCUAAUAACAGCACAGACAAGAAAGGCAUGUGAGAAAAAUUGAUCCGCUUGUGUAUUUUUGUUAGGUAUUUGGGGGGUUUUGUGUGUGUGUGUUUGUUUUUAACACUGGUCAGCAAUAAUUAUUUUAGCCAUAUACUAGCUAAAAAAAAAAA